ACCGCAUCAAAACUUGCUGAUUUAAUAAUUUUUAAGUUGCGACAAUUUUACAAUGGCUUCCAGUGUUUACACUAUCCCCAAUUUCAGCCGAUUCAGCGUAUUCACAUACAGUCGGUUCAAUUUAUCUGAAAGUGAAUCGGAUAUUUGCGUAUUCAUCAAAGAAUACAAAGAUCGCAUAAAAAGACAGCUGCUCCGAGAAGAAGAGAAUGACAAAACUCCGUUUAUAUCGUUUGCCGAGAAGAAACCUAGUUCAGCCAACGUAGCAUGGCUAAAUGAAAACUACAAGAGAUUCUUUCAAUACACGCCGAACGAAUCGGUCCUCAAACUGCAUUUUCUCUCCGAUCUAGGUUUUAUUAAUUGCAUGGUGUAUUCUCCAGAUGGAAAUUUUGUUAUUGUUGGACAUUCAAGUGGUUUGAUUCAGAUGCGUCAUGGACAGACUGGUGUGGUGCUGUACACCCUCCGCAACAUCCAGUUUCCACCGAAGCCGAUUUACUCUAUCUGCUUCAGCCGCUUGGACGAUAAAGUUUGCUACGCGUCCUGCAUGGACGGCACCGUUUACCGCAUUGAAAUUCCGAAUAUGAACUUCUCAACUGAAGAAGUCCCAAAAUACUGUAUCCGAACUGACCCAGGCUUGGAAUCCUUGAACAUGCAGUUUUACGGGGCUCCCGGAAUGUCAACUCAUGCGCAACCCUUUAUUUCCCAGAGAUCACCUGCAUUGUCGAUGGGCGUAACAGCUGACGAGUCCAAGAUGGUCGUUGGUUAUGGUGACACUUCUAUCAAAAUAUACGACAUGGAGACACAGGAGGCCGAAGCAACAUUCAAAGUGCACAAGCUGCGACUGCAGUUUAUUCCGAAGAAGCUGCAGCGUAUGCACUUUGGGCAGGUUUGCGCAAUGCGGUGUCAUGAUCAGAAGCCGUAUAUGUUCGCCACGGGAGCUUGGGACAAGACUUUGAGGAUAAGUAUUUUUGGUCAUCAUCAUCUUAUCACCACCUUGUAG